GUCACCUGUGCAUGACGCACGCGCGCACGCAGUGUUCCUAUUGGCAAAUUUAAAUUUUAUUACGUUAAAGAAACCGAUCGGCCAAUUGCGAUCGUUCGUUUUCUUAGGUGACUUUUACAUAUAAAGUGUGUCCCGUUAGUGUUGUGUCUGUGACAUUGAAAUAAAAACUGUUUAAUACAGUUGAUUGUGUUUUUUUACAUUUCAUUUUAGAAGGUCGGAUGUACUCAUUAAAUAUAUGGUAAAUAAAUACAGAAAAGCGAAACAGGCCACCCGUGCGUGCUUGACAGUGAUUAGUGACCUACUCGAAGCAACCGGAACCAUUAUGCCAUAUACAUCAACAACAAUCUAAUACGUUGGACCUGACUCGAAUUGCAAUUGAAAGAACCGUUAGCUAAUUAUGCUUAUUUAUUAACUCGCGACAUGAUGGAGGAGGUGACUACACGCCCCAAUUUGGAGUACAUCCCCCCUCUCCCCCCUAAAGUAAAGCAAAUGACCGGAUCGACUACUUUUACGCAGAUAACUGGCGAUGAUGCUAGCCUCCGAGUGAACGGAUUCACCGAUAGUCGUUCAGACAUGGACUCUCUAAGUUCGAUGCACUCUCUUGUCCUUAAUUCUAAGACACCAACAACAACGGUAUAUUUAGCGGCGACCCAGCCAGAGCGACCCGCGAUCGCUCCUAGUACAGACGCACUCAGCAACGGUCCACACGUGGUCACUAUCAGAAUAAACACGGAUGCUGAUAAGCCGAAGGCGCCGAAAAUUUCAAGCGUCCACCUCAAAAGUGACGUCGACUUUGAUACUUAUAAAAUUAAUGAUAACAGCAAGAAGAACAACAGCUUAGUCAGACUUAAUGUAGAAGAGAGUCGACCGAAAAUUUUAGAUAAUGAGGAUAUUUUAAAGGUGGAUAAGCCACCAUACAUUUAUUGUAAUUCAUACGUGAACACAAUGUCUAAUAUCGUAAUGUCCAGUGGCCAAUGCUCUCCAAGUGACACCUUAGAUUCAGGGACGUGCAGUGACCUUGACGGUACACCGCCACCACUUCCAAAAAAGAAGACAUUAAAAUCUAACUCCGCAAAGAAAGUCUCCGUCACGGUAAUUAACCAGUCAAGAAAUCAAAGCGAGGUCGAUUUCGAAGAUAACGACUCAAACAUAUCGUGUGACUCGCUAAAUAGUAGCGAGUUAAAUGGAAGCGUGCAUGCCGACGAAAGUCACAGCGACGACGCGAGUAAAAAAGAAAAGAAACAGUCUUCCGAGGCAGCGCCACUAGUGCUAGCCAAAGUGAACAAUAAAGACGGCAGCUUUCUACCACAAGGUCUUCUUCAAGACAUUAGAGAUCGUUCAGCGAAACUCAGCACGGUCGAAACUGAAAGUGAGUUACAGACUGAGCGGAAUGAGGAAGUGAGUCAGAAUAUUAAUGAUAAUGCAAAUAUAUCAAAAGAAAGCGCUCAACUCACAUCGUUCCGUUUAGUUUCCCAGCUUAAUAGCGAAGUGAAGAAAAACAGUGCGGAAUUGUUACCGGUAACUGAAACCAAAACGCCCCUCAUUAGCGAGAGCACGUAUGAAGAAAGAAAGCAAUCAGAGAAAAUGAAAGAAGACCAUUUAUGUUAUAGCAGUCACUAUUUCGAUACGGACAAAUUUUAUGACUUCCACUUAAAUGAAAAACAAUUCGAUGAUGUGUCGGUGAAAAGUGUUAGUGAAAAUAAAAGUGUUUGUGAACAGCUAUCUGAAAUUGAGUAUUUUGCGGGAAUAAAAGAUUACAAAAGUGAGGAGCCACCAUCUACUAUAAAAAGUUCAAAAGGAACAAUUCGUGGUGUAAAAAACCGCGUUCGUGCUGGGAUUGCAACAUUUCUUCAGAUGCAAAGCACGACAAAGAGUUACAGAGAAAAAGAUGCGGGCAAAGUCGUUUUAUACACAACAACCAUGGGCAUAGUCCGCAGCACAUACCAGAGAUGUGUGCUGGUGAAGAAGAUUCUACGGAACCUGCUCGUGAAGUAUGAAGAGAGGGACGUCUUCAUGAGCAUGGAAUACCAGGAUGAAAUUAGGGAGCGGAUGAAAAGUGAUCAAAUUCUUGUCCCGCAGCUGUUCAUCGACGGUCAACACGUGGGGGACGCUGAGACGGUUGAAAAACUGAACGAGUGCGGGGAUUUGAGGAAAAUGUUGAAACCAUACAAGAGUCCAGAUGCGUGCAACACUUGUCAAAUCUGCGGUGGUUUCCGUCUUCUACCGUGUCGGAUCUGCAAUGGAUCCAAGAAGAGCCUACACAGGAACCAUUUCACAGCUGAAUUCGUCGCUCUCAAAUGCAUGAACUGCGAUGAAGUUGGUCUCGUCAGAUGCGAAGCCUGCUCCUGAUCGUUCUGAUAAAUUUCAAGAAAUUCUCACAUUAAAUAAUUAUUCAAUCAUGGAUUUGGGUUGAAGUUUCGCUAUGUAUUAGAGAUGUUAAUUAUUUACAAGCAAUUAACUCGAAUAGCUUUUCAGCGUAUAACCCAUUUAGUAUAGAAACAGUUUAUUUUGCUUACGAAUAGUUCAAAUGUCAACGAGGCGUCACUUCGAAGUGGCCAUAAGCUUAUUGUUUACGCGCCAGACAGCGUGAUAACGGAUAGUAGAAUGAGCGAAGAUGAUAAUAAUGUUUGAAUAAAAAGAAAUACGUAAAUUUGUCAAUUCUACUAUCCGUCAACAAAACGAAUCAUUUUAUUCAAUACAGUAACCUGACUUAACAUAUGGCCAAAACUAUUUUUUGGCACCAUUUUUUUAAAAUUGUUUGUAUAUAUGUUAUUCAAUACAUACCUUAAACCAUUCCUGUAAUAAUAAUUUGUAGUUAUCAGUUUAAAAAUUGUUUUCUCUUUUGUGGGUCGAAAACAACUUUGGGCAGAUAGUGUAGUGUGACAAGGGUUAAAAUUACAGUUGUUUGUUAUUAUGAUAUUGGAGUAGAAUUUAUAAUGCCUCUUCCAAUUUUUUUAUCAUUGGAAGUAUUUUUGAAUACUAUAAUAUGGUUAAUUGUUUUUUAAUAAAAAUAAACAAUACAUGCUUGAAAUUGCAUGCAAAACGCAUGCUUAUAUAGUUAAUAUUCUAUUGAGCGAUUUUUGUAAGUAAAGUUUAUUAAUUAGAUUAAGGUUUUAGUUAGAUUAAGAGAACAGCAUCUGCCUUGCUAGCAUGAAAACAAAAUUAAUUUGAUAUUUAUAAAUAUUUCAUUUUGAAAACGAACUCGAUGAUUUUUAGUUGAAAAUGUUUACUUUGUAUUUUGUAAGGUUUAAUUAUAUUUUAUUGAGUUCAUAAAAAAAAAGUAACAGCAUGUGUGUGUCCCUCUGCCAGGUUACAGCUUCCUCUCUAUUUCAGAAGUUUAGGAGCCCGUUCCAUCAAACUGCUUAAAUAAGGGCUGUUGGAUAUAUGGCAGAUUUUCAUCCGAAAAUACAGAUACGCUAUAUCGAGAUUGAACUCGAAAUCUUCGUAUAAAAUUAACUUGUUCUAACCACUGGGCCAUCUCGGCCCAAUUAAUCAAUCCGGACAAAUAAAAUUAAGAAUGGGUUAGAAAAAUUUUCAUAGAGCUUUGUUUUUAUCAAGCAAUAUUUCAAUUAUUUAUAUGUAUUAAAGCCUUUGUAUACAAACAGUUUUAUAAUUAGUGAAUAAAGCUUUUAACUUAGUCAUUAAGUUGACUAUAGCUAUUUCAUUUGAUGUCAUACAAAGGUGCUUAAAUAUUUAGUUAUUUUAAUGCUCAAACUAUACGGGGAUAAAACAAGUCUGGACGUAACUUAAAAAUGUUUAAUAAUUAUAAUUAAGUUAAAAGCAUAAUUUUUAUUGAGACUUCGUAAAAGUAGUAUGCCAUAAAUUAGAUGCAAUAACGUAUACUUAUAUGCAAAUAAAUGCUUAAUAUAGGUGCUUUUAAAUAUAAUUAACCUUAUAAUAUAAAUCAUAGUUUAGUGAAAACUAAUGGCAUAACAGUCAACUCUAUAAAGUUGCUGGUCUGUGCUACUAGAUGGCGUUGAUAACAUAACUGUUAGUAAUGUCGAUUUUUAGACUUUCAUUUACGAGCUUGGAAUGCAAUUUUUAUUCCAAAAAUUAUGAAUAUAAUAUGUUUUAACUGAUAUAUUUCGCGGUCUUGGUCAUGUAUGAGAAUUAUUAUGUACUAGGAUUCUCCCUAGAUUCAUCAAGGCUUCCGGUUCUCCGUCUUCUGCAUCCUGUCUGAUCCCGCCACUUAUACUGGAUGUAUUCUCUAGGUUACCCUUUGAAUAAGUGUGGAUUUAAUAUAAGUUAAUUUACCAUAAAUUUAUACAUGUGAAAUACGAAUAGUGUCAUUAUUAUAAAAUAUACUAUCCAUGUAUAAAGUUUUUCUCGAGUUAAUUACAUCACAUAUAUCUUAAUUAAAUCGAUAUUGAAUUCUUCCUUACUUUGAAAGUUUUAACCUGUUUUAUAGUUUAAAAUAGAGUUUAAAAAAUCAAGUAAAAUUUAUAUCGUAUAGUAUGUGAUGGCUUACAAGGAAAUGUGAUAAAUAAAUGAAAAAUUGUAAGCAAUUAGAAAUAAUGUGAAUAAAAUUACUUAGAAUAUAUAUAGAUAUAACCUUUAAAAAAUAUGUAGGUAAAAAAAACAUUGGCGUUUCAUUUUUUGAUUAGAUUGUAACGUUUUUUAAAUAUCUUAUCGAAGUUACUGUUUCUGGUGUAAACAUUAU